AGACAGGAACAGCUGGAGAAGAACAACAAAGGCACCGACGACGACACAAACUGCAGAUGUCCGUGUAGCACAAGCUCCGUCUGUCCGUGACACCUCCACCAGUUCCGGGGACACUUCGAGCUGCUUCCGGGGACACCUCGUCCCGCUGACUCCGACCCGACAGAUCAGUAAUUUUCCAGAGAUCUAACAAUGGGGCGUAUCUUCCUGGACCACAUUGGCGGAACACGCCUCUUCUCCUGCGCCAACUGCGACACCAUCCUGACCAAUCGCUCUGAGCUCAUCUCCACACGCUUCACAGGAGCCACAGGCCGAGCGUUCCUCUUCAAUAAGGUGGUGAACCUGCAGUACAGCGAGGUCCAGGACAGAGUGAUGCUCACCGGCCGGCACAUGGUGAGGGACGUCAGCUGCAAGAACUGCAACAGCAAGCUGGGCUGGAUCUACGAGUUUGCCACCGAGGACAGUCAGCGGUACAAGGAGGGGCGUGUCAUCCUGGAGAGGGCGCUGGUCCGGGAGAGCGAGGGCUUCGAGGAGCACGUCCCCUCCGACACCUCAUGAGCCUCUGAGUGUGAAACCAACUUGAAGGCUCACUCCCGGGCACUCCUUUUCCCUCUGCUCUACCCCCUUUGCCCCUGUGCUGCAUGGCGCCACCUGUAGACUUUGUGCUCAGUGAAGUGAUGGCUGACCACUCCCUCUCACCCUCCAUCCCCCCUUGUCUCUGACCCAUGACCUUAGACCUCUGCUGAUUAGAAAAUUGGCUUCACUGCUCAGUAGGCUUCCCCCAGCAGAUACUCCCUGAUAGAUGUGUCGCAGGGUGCACCCCCCACACCCCCAUCCCUCCAGAACAGCAGGGGGCACUGUUGUAACUUCACUUUUUUACGUGUUCAUGCGCAGUCACUCAGUCUCAUCAUCGCUCCACAAGGCAUGCUCCACACUUUUUUGGUAUAAUAGUAGAAUACGUGCACGUGAAUAGACAUCAUCAGUCACUGGUUGUUUUGCUUACUUAGAUAACUGUAAACAAAAGUUAGAGAUGAGUGUGUUCAUCUUUCUCACGCUUAGGCAAAGCAACCAGCCCAGUUCUACACUGCAAUGUUAACCGAACCACAUUUCUUUAUUGGGGCUUGUGUCGUGAACUUGGUCUCUCAGUAUCCGUCAUUAAUGAGCCCCAAACACAGUGAAGAGAGGUAGUUGUAAUUUUAUUAGUCUUUAUUUUACCGAAUGCAAAAGUGUUUUCAAAUUUCUGUUCACAUCCAAAUGAUACAGCACAGAUUGAUGUCAUGUGUAAGUAUUCAUUGUAGUGUUUUGAUCAUGAUGAUGGGCAGGUUUCGGAUGAUGUCACAUUGUUUUGAUUGACAGGGCAUUUUUGGGGAUGAACACAAAGUGGCUUUAAAAGGUCCCUGUUGUUCCCAGUUCGUGGUGUGGAAGUGAGCUCCUGUGCCCAGUAGGAAACUCGUGUUGAUCUGGUACAGAGUUCAACCAAUCAGCGUCUGUUACUAUGGAUUCUGUGCCUGUGUGUCUUCAGCGUGUCGAGCGGUGACGAGCCAACGGGGCCUCGGGAGUAACACAAUACAGGUUUAACAAAGAGCCCAUUCUCUAUCUCAACACAGUUUUUGAAACGACAACAAACCAAAAACAUCCUUUAUAAUCCUGAUAUUAGGGCACAUUUCAUUGAGGCGACUCGUUCCUUACAAUGCAGAGCUCUGGACUAACAAGUCUUUAAAAUCUGCCCUGUGUCCCUGCCCCUGUUUUAUACCACCGUUGCCCUGUGAAGAUUUGAAAAUGUCACACUGUUAGAAAAAAGAAAUCUCAGUUUUCCUGACAUUUGAGGUUAUUUUUGGAAGCGCACUCGCAGCGCGUGCAUCGUGGCCCCGGUGUAACAUUGUGCCGUUUCAGAUGUGGUGAAAGCCCGCAGGCGUUACCAGAAUGGAACAGCCUUCACAAGUGAUGCUGUUAAUGCUUGUCCUCGCCUUUGCAAGGUCAUUUGAGAGGGUGCACGUGUCAUUUCUACACUAAAACACAGAGAGGAGGCUGACACCAUCCAUAUCAGCAAGUCAACGGCCAUGACAGAAUAUAUUUAUCAGUUAUUGUUCACUUUUAGCGACUGAUUUUAUUUUAUUUUUUUCCUGAUUGGAGGUUGAAAGGAAGUUGUUUUCUUGAAUGGCUACGGAUGGAUUUUUCUCUGGUGUGAUUUCUAAAUAAAGAUGCAGUCUUGCUGGGUUCAAUUCA